UUUUUGCAUAACGCUUCAGAAAAAUAAACAAAAAAGUGACAAUUGUGGUCUUUUUUAUUAUUGUCAAAUCCAUUCUAAACUCAUACCAUUUCUAGCAUGAUAUUUCCUUUAAUGAUACUUGUUUUAUUCAAUACUAUCCCAAUUCGAGUUUCGGAAGCUGAUGAAGAGUCAGAAAGACAUCAAGCUUACCUGGAUCAUAGAAAGCUGAAAGAAGAUGUUUUAGGCCCAUUGGAUGGAUCAAUGCCGAGUGAGCUUCCGGUUUUUAUUGGUGCUCAACUAAAACUUGACCACAUAUCACGUGUCGACGAAAAGACUGGAUUUCUCACACUCGCAUUAACUGUGAAAUUUAUGUGGAGUGACGAACGAUUGCAGUGGGACCCGUCACACUAUUCCGGAUUUACUAGAACGAGAUUGGAAUUUGUUGAUUUUUGGUUAUACCAAAUUUGGAAGCCACGAAUUUACAUGACAAAUACCUACGAGCGUAGACAAUCAAAAACUAUCGAUUUACUCUCUAAUACGCUUGUUGAAAUGGACAUUCAUUCAAAAGGAUUUGUUAUGACAACUACAAAAAUUUUGUUGAAAACUUUUUGUUUUCUUGAUUUCAAAGGAUAUCCCCACGACUUCCAAAAUUGUUCAUUCAGUUUCAUACCAAAUAUGAAUGCUAACGAUAUAUUUCUGGGUUCUUCAAUGUUAAAAGCAAAAUUUACCAAAGAUUUCACAGAUCCACAACAAGUUGUAAGGGUUCAAGAUUUUCAAAUAAACGAUGUGGUAACCGAAGAUUUGUACUUAUUUAUGAACAGAAUUGUUCUUCACGACUUGACAAGGGAACCUCGCAGCCUUGUGCGAUCCUUUGUCAGUUUCACAAUAGUUCUUCAAAGGAAAAACGUUUAUGUUCAUCUUCAGCUUUACGCUCCAAUGAUUUUCAUUUGCACAUGCCUGAUCAUCUCAGGAUUUCUACCCAGUGAAUAUGCGUUACCACUUCUUGUGUUCAAUUUAAUAUCGGAAUAUUUAUAUUUUCACAAUAUAAAAGAUGUGCUUCCCACUGAUUUUGAUGGGACUCCGACUAUAGCCCUUAUUGCAACUUUCACACUUGCCGAAACAAUGUCAAUCAUUGGCUGGAAAAUGUUUAUAAUAACAAUCAUGACUAAAAAACAGAAAGCCUAUUUCUUAAACUCAUCAAAAUUCCCUCUUGAUUCAGGAUUUUUCAACAUCAGAGUUUUGAGAAGACUGCUUACUAUUGAUAAAUUUCUGAUGUAUAUGUUGAUUGCACAAUCAUUCGGAAGUAUUUUCAUUAUGCUUAAAGAUUAAUUCGUUGUUUUUUCAACCAGUUUUUUUAUAAAGAUGUUCGUAAUGGUUU